AUGGCCAGUGGUCGGCCACCUGGACCCGAACAUGUCGCUGGCGACGAUGAUCUGCUCUUGAGCUCCAGUCCAAGCCCGGGGCCGGUGUAUAAUACCGGUCAGCCCCCGCCAGUUAGCGAUGAGCACCUACCGCAGUUUAUAAACCAGCACAGCAACCAAUCCCGUCCAUCAAUAUCCAAUGAUCAGUUCAUCGGCGCCCAGGUCCAACAACAUGGCUCCUAUGCCUCGGGUACCUCAGGGAUUGCGCCUCAGAGCCGAUUUCUCCAAGAGUCACAUGGGGCAGGGUAUCGGUCAGAGUCGCACUCCGACCUCGCCUAUGGACAAGAGCCGAUAGACCGCUACGACUCCAAUCUGGACCACUAUGAUUCCCACUAUGAUCAAGCCCAGUACCACGAUGGUGGAAGCUACUAUGACGAUCCGUUCGAGCCGCAAAUCCCCAGUGAAGGCCGUGUCCGAAAGGCGAACGAGCGCAAUAGCAUUUUCGGCUUGGGAGGCGGCUUGGUGGGGAGGGCCAAAUACAUGUUCGGGAUGGGUCCGCAGUACUCAGAAAUGGACUUGCCACUAACGGAGGCUGGCGCGAGGCGAGCGACCGUGGACAGUACAGGGCAACCGGCUGCAGCUCCGAAAGCGCAUAAGAAGGCCGGCGCAUCUGGCUUGACCUCUCUGUUUGGGCGUCGCAAAGUCGAUCCCGCAAGCCUGGGUCCUCGCAUUAUUCAAGUCAACAAUGCGCCGGCGAAUGCAGUACACAAAUUCAUCAGCAAUCACGUCUCAACCGCCAAGUAUAACAUUGUCACGUUUGUCCCGAAAUUCCUCUUCGAACAAUUCUCAAAAUAUGCCAAUCUCUUUUUCCUGUUCACCGCUGUCUUGCAACAAAUUCCCAACGUCUCUCCGACCAACAGAUUCACGACCAUCGUUCCAUUGGCUAUUGUGUUGCUGGUGUCGGCCAUCAAGGAGUUAGUUGAAGACUAUAAACGUCGAGUGUCCGACAGAGGGUUGAACUACUCCAAGACCCAAGUGCUCAAGGGCUCCUCCUUCCACGAGACAAAAUGGGUGGACGUGACAGUGGGAGAUGUGGUUCGAGUCGAGUCUGAAGAACCGUUCCCCGCAGACUUGGUAUUGCUGGCCUCAUCGGAGCCCGAAGGUUUAUGCUACAUCGAAACGGCAAAUCUUGACGGCGAAACCAACUUGAAGAUCAAGCAAGCCAUUCCCGAGACCGCCCAUCUGGUCAGCCCCAGUGAUCUCAGCCGCCUAAGCGGUCGCGUUCGGUCCGAGCAACCAAACAGUAGUCUAUACACCUACGAGGCGACAUUGACGAUGAAUGUCGGAGGCGGCGAGAAGGAACUCUCGCUGGCACCGGAUCAACUACUGCUCCGCGGUGCAACCCUGCGAAAUACGCCAUGGAUCCAUGGCAUUGUGGUUUUUACCGGACAUGAGACCAAGUUGAUGCGGAACGCGACCGCUACACCCAUCAAGCGGACUGCUGUCGAGCGCAUGGUGAACGUCCAGAUUCUCAUGCUCGUCAGCAUUCUGGUUGCUCUGAGCGUCAUCAGCUCCGUUGGUGACCUUGUCGUCCGGCAAACAGCAUCGAACAAGCUCGCUUACCUGGAUUAUGGAUCCAUUAACCCAGUGAAGCAAUUUUUCAUGGAUAUCUUCACUUAUUGGGUCCUAUACUCAAACUUGGUUCCCAUUUCGCUUUUCGUCACGAUCGAGAUCGUCAAAUACUUCCAGGCCUUCCUCAUUAAUUCUGACUUGGAUAUGUACCAUGACAAAACCGAUACACCUGCUACAUGCCGCACGUCAUCUUUGGUGGAAGAGCUUGGUCAGAUCGAGUACAUUUUCUCCGAUAAAACGGGUACGCUUACUUGCAACAUGAUGGAGUUCAAGCAAUGCACAAUUGCGGGCAUUCAAUAUGGAGAUGAUGUUUCGGAAGACCGUCGAGCUACCGCCGACGAUGAUGGCGAAUAUGGCAUUCACGACUUCAAGGCUCUUCGCAAGAAUCUUGUCUCCCACCCGUCACAGGGGGCAAUUCAACAAUUCCUUACCCUUCUAGCGACAUGCCACACCGUCAUUCCCGAAUGGAAAGGCGACGAUCCGUCCCAGAUCAAGUAUCAGGCCGCUUCUCCCGAUGAGGGUGCUUUGGUCGAUGGAGCCGCGAUGUUGGGAUAUCGCUUCACCAACCGCAGGCCACGAUCAGUGAUCUUCACCGCAAACGGUGUCGAGCAGGAAUACGAACUACUUGCUGUUUGCGAGUUCAAUUCAACCCGAAAGCGCAUGUCAACCAUUUUCCGUUGUCCGGAUGGCAAGGUUCGAAUCUACUGCAAGGGUGCCGACACGGUUAUCCUAGAACGCUUGCAUCCAGAUAACCCAACUGUCGAGGUGACCCUGCAACACCUUGAAGAGUAUGCCUCUGAGGGAUUGCGAACCCUGUGUCUCGCCAUGCGUGAGGUUCCCGAGGACGAGUAUCAGCGCUGGAAUCAAAUCUUCAAUGCUGCCAAUACGACUGUUGGGGGCACUCGUGCUGACGAGCUGGACAAGGCAGCAGAGCUGAUUGAAAAAGAUUUGUAUCUCCUGGGAGCCACCGCGAUCGAAGAUCGUCUUCAGGAUGGUGUUCCGGACACUAUUCACACCUUGCAAACUGCUGGCAUUAAGAUUUGGGUUUUGACCGGUGAUCGACAGGAGACUGCCAUCAAUAUUGGCAUGUCGUGCAAGCUCAUCUCGGAGGACAUGAGCCUUCUAAUUGUCAAUGAGGAGACCUCGCAAGCGACGCGUGCGAACCUGCAAUCCAAGAUGGACGCAGUCAAAAGCCAAGCUGUGUCAGGCGACGUCGAGCCUCUAGCCUUGAUCAUCGAUGGCAAGUCCUUGACAUUCGCUCUGGAGAAGGACAUGGAAAAGCUAUUCCUUGAUCUUGCUGUUAUGUGUAAGGCGGUCGUCUGUUGUCGUGUCUCUCCCCUUCAGAAAGCGCUGGUUGUCAAAUUGGUGAAGCGUCACCUCAAGUCGCUGCUUCUGGCGAUUGGCGACGGUGCAAACGACGUUUCCAUGAUCCAGGCCGCCCACGUUGGUGUUGGUAUCAGCGGUAUGGAGGGUCUUCAAGCUGCUCGUUCAGCCGAUGUGGCGAUUGCGCAGUUCAGAUUCCUCCGAAAAUUACUGCUGGUGCAUGGUGCCUGGAGUUACUCUCGUAUCAGUCGAGUCAUUCUCUACUCAUUCUAUAAGAACAUCACAUUGUACAUGACACAGUUCUGGUAUUCGUUCCAAAACGCCUUUUCUGGUGAAGUUAUCUACGAAUCUUGGACCUUGUCCUUCUAUAACGUGCUUUUCACCGUUUUGCCUCCUUUCGCCAUGGGAAUUUUCGAUCAGUUCAUUUCGGCUCGUUUAUUGGACCGUUAUCCCCAGCUAUAUCAACUUGGCCAGAAGGGCGUCUUCUUCAAGAAACACAGCUUCUGGGCUUGGGUGCUCAAUGGGUUCUUCCACUCCCUGCUCCUCUAUCUUGUCUCCGAAUUGAUUUUUCUCUGGGAUCUACCGAUGAGCGACGGCAAAGUGGCCGGCCAUUGGGUUUGGGGGGAAGCCCUCUACACCGCUGUCCUUGCGACCGUGCUCGGCAAGGCUGCUCUGAUUUCCAACAUCUGGACCAAGUAUCACUUCAUCGCCAUCCCCGGCUCCAUGGUUCUUUGGCUCGCCUUCCUUCCCGCUUAUGGGUUUGCUGCUCCUGCCAUUGGAUUCUCUCGCGAGUACUAUGGUACCAUUCCCUUCCUCUUCAAAACACCGGUCUUCUAUCUCAUGGCGAUUGUCUUGCCGUGCAUCUGUCUCAUGCGUGAUUUUGCCUGGAAAUAUGCCAAGCGCAUGUACUAUCCUCAGCACUAUCAUCAUGUGCAAGAGAUCCAGAAGUACAACGUCCAGGAUUACCGUCCACGCAUGGAGCAGUUCCAGAAAGCCAUCCGCAAGGUCCGUCAGGUCCAGCGUAUGCGCAAGCAGCGCGGCUAUGCAUUCUCGCAGGCCGACGAUGGUGGCCAAAUGCGAGUUUUGAACGCUUAUGACACGACUCAAGGUCGUGGACGUUACGGAGAGAUGACCAGCUCAAGACAUCCUGGGCAAUGA